GUUCAAGUCUGGCAUCGAGAGUCCUGGGGUGGCAUGGCCCCGUUCCUAUAUCAUUUUGAAAGGACACUAACAGCUAAGUGGCCACCAGUCAAAUUUGAAUGUGCAGGUUCGAAUCCUGCUAGUGUCGUUCCACGCACAUGACGCUUUUUGGUGUAUUUAUUGAAAAUGAAAUUCUGCCAUUCAGUACUCAGGACAGUUAUCGCAGUGGCUGUGCUGAACCUUUCUUUCACCACGCCCUUUUCCUUUAUUCCACCUCGAAGCAUACAUAUGCAUACUCAAGAUGGACCUCAGGCCGCACACUGCAAAAGCGAACUCCUUCAGGUAACGAUGGCUAAGGGUUUGGCUCGUCUCUUCGUCAACGAGAGAGGAAUAUGGUGAAUACAGGGACAUGUAAUGCGGUCGCACGAAGAGGACUAGACUGAGCUGAAGUUCUGAUAAGGAGAUGUAGGGGAGGUUCGUGCUGGGGAAAGCAGGGUGACGUGAGCGUGUGUGGGGCCUGGUGCAUCCCUUGCUAUUAGUUGUUCGCGUACGACCCAGAAACCUUAAGUGAACCUAAAUAGGGGAAUUCACACUGAUCCGCCUGUGAAC